UCUCCCGAUCACAACAGUUGCAUUGAGCGCAGGUCUCGAUUCGUCAGGGCUGCUCGUGUACGGUGUUCGGCUCCUUCUGCCAGAUCUUUUUACAGAUGUCUUCGAGGUCGGACUGCUUCAAACAUUGAUGUCAGAUUCACACAGUGAACGGCAGGAGCAGCAGUGAUAUGGCUGCUGAUGACAAGUCCUCGUCUUCAUCCUCAACGGACUGGAGCGUCGAGCCGCCUGUCACCUCGCCCACCAGCCCCUCGCACCUGACGCACUUCAAACCACUGACCCCGGAGCAGGAUGAGCCCCCCCUCCGCUCCGCAUACAGCUCCUUUGUCAACCUGUUUCGUUUCAACAACAAAGAGGAGGGACGUCCUCCCUCGACAGUUCCAGAGAAGCCAGAUGUGCCGUCCCCUUCUCCUCAGUCGGAGAGGAGGAGCUGGUCCUCCAGUCCGACCCACUCUCAGUACGGUUCCAGGACGCACCGGAAACAGCACCCAGACCACCUCAGACGCACCUCCACUGCCUCUGACGGCAGCAGGAAAUCAGACACCCCUCUCAGUAAUCAUGACCCCCGCACAGCUGUGCAACUUCGCACUGCACUGAAGAGGCUGAAGGAAAUAAUGGAGGGGAAGAGCCAGGACAGCGAUCUGAAGCAGUACUGGAUGCCAGAUAGCCAGUGUAAAGAGUGUUACGACUGCAAUGAGAAGUUCACAACGUUCCGCCGCCGCCAUCACUGCAGACUGUGUGGCCAGAUCUUCUGCAGUCGCUGCUGCAACCAGGAAAUCCCUGGAAAGUUCAUGGGCUACACGGGAGACCUGCGGGCCUGUACGUACUGCCGUAAGAUAGCACUAAGCUACGCUCACUCCGCUGAGUCGGGCUCCAUUGGAGAGGACCUGAGUGCCUUGUCGGACUCUCCCUGCUCCGUGUGUGUGUUGGAGCCCAGCGAGCCUCGGACUCCUGUGGGUGGGCGUAAGGCCAGCAGGAACAUCUUCCUGGAGGAAGACCUGACCUGGCAGAGAAAAACUCCUAUUGGGAUGAGAAAGAAUAUGAUUCACCAGGAGCAGCAGAACAGCGGCCUGACUUCCAGACUCACGACGCUACAAGAAGACGUUGGCAAAUCACCGGCCAGGAAGAGGUCGGCCAGUGUGACCAACAUGUCACUGGACCGCUCUGGAUCCUCCAUGGUGCCCUCCUACGACAGCUCGGUCAGUCCACCAACCAGCCGGGCCAUGUCGGGCACCAAGAGUGGCACCAAGCUGGACCACAGCGAGGAGGAGAGGAAGAUCCUACUGGACUCGUCACAGCUGAAGGACCUGUGGAAGAAAAUCUGCCACAACAACACAGGGAUGGAGUUCCAGGACCACAGAUACUGGCUGAGGACCUACCCCAACUGCAUUGUGGGAAAAGAGCUUGUCAACUGGCUGCUGAGGAAUGGCACCAUCUCCACCAGGGCCCAGGCUAUCGCCAUAGGCCAGGCGUUAGUGGACGGUCGCUGGCUGGACUGUGUCACACACCAUGACCAGCUGUUUCGGGACGAGUAUGCUCUCUACCGCCCCCUCCAGAGUACAGAGUUCUCAGAAACACCGUCUCCAGACAGCGACAGCGUGAACUCUGUGGAGGGACAUUCAGAGCCGUCCUGGUUCAAGGACAUCAAGUUUGAUGACAGCGACACUGAGCAGCUCGCAGAUGAGACGGAGUACAACAUGCCGAACUCUGCCAGCCCCAGCAAGAGAACAUCUGUCAGCAGCUUCCAGUCAGUGGUUGACAGUGACUCUGCUGCUUCCAUUAACCUCAACAUGGAGCAAAACAACGUCAACUUCCACAUCAAGAAACAGUCCAAGUAUCCGCACGUGCCCACUGGCGCUGAGCAGAAAGCUGAGUUUCUUUUGUCUGAGGAUGGAGGUCAGAACAUCGUCAUCAGUGAUGCCUUCAUCAAAGAGUCUCUUUUCAACCGUCGUGUGGAGGAGAAGGCCAAAGAGAUGCUGUUCACUCCGCUGGGUUGGCACCACAGCUCUUUAGAUCAGCUGCGAGAGGAGAACGGAGAGAAGAAGGCCAUGGAGAGGCUGCUCUCUGCCAACCACAGCCACAUGAUGGCGCUGCUGCAGCAGCUGCUCUACAGCGAGUCUCUGUCUCUGUCCUGGAGGGACAUCAUCGUCCCCGUGGUUCGUCAGGUCGUCCAGACAGUGCGGCCUGACGUUCGCAACUGCGAUGACGACAUGGACAUCCGCCAGCUGGUCCACAUCAAGAAGAUUUCUGGAGGCAGAAAGUUUGACUCGACGAUGGUGAACGGCUUCGUAUGCACUAAGAACAUCGCCCACAAGAAGAUGAACCCCUACAUCAAGAACCCCAAAAUCCUGCUGCUGAAGUGCUCCAUAGAGUAUCUGUACAGAGAGGAGACCAAGUUCUCCUGCAUCGACCCCAUCGUGCUGCAGGAGCGAGAGUUUCUGAAGAACUAUGUGCAGCGCAUCGUAGACGUGCGUCCAACCCUGGUGCUGGUGGAGAAGACUGUGUCUCGUAUCGCUCAGGACAUGCUGCUGGAGCACGGCAUCACGCUGGUCAUCAACGUCAAACCGCAAGUCUUGGACCGGGUGAGUCGUAUGACCCAGGGAGACCUGGUCAUGUCCAUGGACCAGCUCCUCACCAAACCUCGUCUGGGAACCUGCCACAAGUUCUACAUGCAGCCCUUCACCCUGGCCAACAACGAAGCGAAGACCCUGAUGUUCUUCGAGGGCUGUCCUCCUCAUCUCGGAUGCUCCAUCAAGCUGCGUGGAGCUUCAGAGUACGAGCUGGCCCGGGUGAAGGAGAUCAUCAUGCUCAUGGUGUGUGUGGCCUACCACUCCCAGCUGGAGAUCUCUUUCCUCAUGGACGAGUUUGCCAUGCCGCCCAGCUUGGCCCAGAGCACCUCGUUCCCCUGCCUGCUGGAGGGCGCCUCCACAGAGGAGGAGGAUGGAGAGAUGAGAGGGAAAGAGACAAAUGGAGACAGAGAGGAGAAGACUGCAGUGAGCGAAGACUCUGCACAGGGAGGACAACCUGAGGAAGAAUGCGGAAAGGAGGAGGAGUCCAAAAACGGAGAAACAGACACUCUCCAAGAAAAGCAGAACCCCAACACACCCUCCGCUGUCCAAGAGGAGGAGGCUGUUAACAGAGAGACAAUUACCUCCUCGCCAUUUUCUAGUACCCUCGCACCACCUCUGUCUGUCUCUCCUCCAUUCCUCAUGGAGGACGACCAGGAGAUGAGCUCGGACACUCUCGUCGGAGCAUCUGAGGGGGAGACGGGGGAAGAGGUCAGCCUGGUGAAGGAGGAGGAUGAAGGGGACGGUUCAGAGACGACAACGACUCCCAGGCUGUUCCGAGACCCUCUGCAGGAUGACACGGGGAUGUUUGUGGCCGAACAGGUGGCUUCAUCUGACGACCGUCUCAAGUCCAUCACUGCUGUCUUCAAGCAAGAGCUCAAGGACAUCAUCCUGUGCAUCUCGCCCUUCAUCACAUUUAGAGAACCAUUUCUUCUCAUGCCUGCUGGCAUGCACUGUCCCAGCAGGGAUUACUUCCCCGAACAGGUCUACCUAUCUCCUCUCCUCAACAAGGAUUUCAAAGAACUGGACGGGCGUAGAAAGCGGCAGCUCCUUAAAGACUCCGCCCCCUCCUCUUUGGUUAGCGGACAGACCAACGGCACCCCGCAGCCGAAGCCCAUCGAUGUCCUGCCCUCCCACAGUCUCACCAGCACCCGCAUCAUAGAGCAGCUGAGCGGCAGCCAGGAUCUGGCCAAGAUGCUGGCAGACUACAGAGCAAAGGGAGGUCGUAUUCGACAGAGAGAAGUUACCACUGACCUCUUCGGCAGCGGCGGCGCUGCAGCUCCUGUCACAGCCCAGAGCAAGGCGGCGGACGUACCAGUGAAGGCACCGGUGAAGGCUGACAGCGAAGAGGAGAAGACAAGUAAACUGAAUGACAUGAGCUGGGCCCCCAAGCUGGACUGUCUGAACCCCACCAACCACCAGAGACUGUGUGUGCUCUUCAGCAGCUCAUCAGCUCAGUCCAACAACGCACCAAACCCCUGCGUCAGUCCAUGGAUUGUCACAAUGGAGUUCUACGGCAAGAACGACCUCUCUCUGGGCGUGUUCCUGGAGCGGUAUUGUUUCAGGCCGUCCUACCAGUGCCCCAGCAUGUUCUGUGAGACUCCCAUGGUGCACCACAUCCGUCGGUUUGUUCACGGCAGCGGCUGCGUGCAGAUUGUGUUAAAGGAGCUGGACUCUCCUGUGCCUGGUUAUCAGCACACAAUCCUCAACUACUCCUGGUGUCGUAUCUGCAAACAGGUGACACCAGUGGUGCCCCUGUCCAACGACUCGUGGUCCAUGUCUUUCGCCAAAUACCUGGAGCUUCGCUUCUACGGCCACCAGUACACCAGGAGGGCUAAUGCCGAGCCGUGUGGACACUCCAUCCACCAAGACUACCACCAGUACUUCUCAUACAACCAGAUGGUGGCUUCCUUCAGCUACACGUCUGUUCGCAUGUUGGAGAUUUGUCUUCCUCGUCCUAAGAUCUUCAUCAGGAACCUGGGACCCUCUAAAACCAACCUGCAGCAGGACCUGAAGGACUUCUCUCUUAAAGUGAGUCAGGUGUACCUCGCCAUAGAUGACCGCCUCACCUCCCUCAAGACCGACACCUUCAGUAAGACGAGAGAGGAAAAGAUGGAGGACCUCUUCGCUCAGAAAGACAUGGAGGAGGCGGAGCUGCGGAGCUGGAUCGAGAAGCUUCAGGUGCGACUACAAGCCUGCGGUGUGGAUUCUCCUCAGCAGGUUCAGGCGGUUCUGGAGUCGCUGGUGAUGAAGAAACAGAGUCUGUGUGAGAUGUUACAGUCCUGGAACAGCAGGCUGCAGGACUUGUUCCAGCAGGAGAAAGGCAGGAAGCGUCUGUCUGUCCCUCCCAGCCCGGGCAGACACAGACAGACCGCCGCUGACGACAGCAAGAGCACUCUGGACUCGUCUCCUCGUAACCCGUCUCCUGUGGUGCAGAACGGUGACAAAGAGGACCGUCACCUCUGCACGCUGCCCUCCACUGCCUCCUCCUCCUCCAUGCUGCCGUCACCAGCCGAGCCAGGAACAGAACCGUUCACACCUGGUCCCUCCUUCACUGAGCAGGACUCUCUGAGCAUCCCUGAAGACGUGUUUGACGGACACCUGCUGGGCUCCACUGACAGCCAGGUGAAGGAGAAGUCCACCAUGAAAGCCAUCCUUGCCAAUUUCCUGCCUGGAAACAGCUACAACCCCAUCCCCUUCCCUUUCGACCCGGACAAACACUACCUGAUGUACGAACAUGAGCGAGUUCCCAUCGCAGUGUGUGAGAGAGAGCCAAGCUCCAUCAUCGCCUUCGCUCUCAGCUGUAAGGAGUAUAAAACGGCGCUGGAUGAUCUGUCCAAGGCGUCAAACACAGGCGGAGAGGAAACUCCACAGGUCUCCAGCGCUGGGGAGAGUCGUGCGAAGAGCAGUCCUGCCAGGCCCAGUGAGUCGGCCUCAUCGCAGCAGAGCCGCAUCAGCCUGGAGACCGACCCGCUCAAGGAUGCAGACCUGACAGAUAAACAGAAGAAACAGACUCUGAAUCCACACGUCGAGCUACAAUUCUCAGACGCCAACGCCAAGUUUUACUGUCGGAUCUACUACGCCGAGGAGUUCCACAAGAUGCGCGAGGAGAUCAUGGAGAGCACCGAGGAGGACUUUGUGCGCUCGCUGUCCCACUGUGUCAACUGGCAGGCUCGGGGAGGGAAAUCUGGAGCUGUGUUCUACGCAACAGAAGAUGACCGGUUCAUCCUGAAGCAGAUGCCCAGACUGGAGGUUCAGUCCUUCCUCGACUUCGCACCUCAUUAUUUCACCUACAUCACCGGAGCUGUGCAGCAGAAACGGCCGACUGCGCUGGCGAAGAUCCUGGGUGUUUACAGGAUUGGUUACAAGAACUCCCAGAACAACACAGAGAAGAAACUGGACCUGCUGGUGAUGGAGAAUCUUUUCUACGGACGCAAGAUGGCGCAGGUGUUUGACCUCAAAGGUUCUCUGAGGAACCGUAACGUGAAGACGGACUCGGGGAAGGAAAGCUGUGAGGUGGUUCUUCUGGACGAGAACCUUCUGAAGUUGAUCCACGACAACCCGCUGUACAUCCGCUCCCACUGUAAGGCCAUCCUGAGAGCCGCCAUACACAGCGACGCCUACUUCCUAUCCAGCCACCUCAUCAUCGACUACUCGCUGCUGGUGGGGCGCGACGACGCCACCGAUCAGCUGGUGGUCGGGAUCAUAGAUUAUAUCAGGACAUUUACCUGGGACAAGAGACUGGAGAUGGUCGUCAAAUCCACUGGAAUCCUGGGAGGUCAAGGGAAGAUGCCCACUGUGGUCUCUCCGGAGCUGUACAGAGCUCGAUUCUGCGAGGCCAUGGACAAAUACUUCCUGAUGGUACCUGACCACUGGACCGGCCUGGGCAUCAACUGCUGAGCAGUGUGACAUGUCUGAGUGCAUUUUAAACACAGACCCACAGGUACUCACUCUGCUCAGUCUGUGAGUUCACCACAAGCACACUGGACUCUGUAAAUGUUUGUGCAGACUGUAAAUAGACGAGUACACAGCACAGAAUCAUUCCGCCGGAGCAGCGACACUCUGCAGCAUUAACGCGACAGAUUAGACCAGUUUUUAUCUUUUCAGUAUUAUCACUUUAUAAUUUAUCCUCUUCCAAAGAGGCUUCGUUCUUUUAUCGGUGCCAUGAGUCCAAACUGUUUCAAGAGGACCCGCUGAAAAGUUUCAGUCUUGUGUUUAUAGUUUGGUAAACAAACUAAUUUGUGUAAUUUAAAGUUUGUAAAUGUACAGAGAUGAUGUAACUAUUAAAAGAUUAUUAACUCUGA